AUGCCAAUUAAAUCACUAGAACCAUUUUUAUUUGAAAGAAAAUUAGCAUAUUCAAGCACAAUUGAUACUCUCACAAAUGCGACAAUUGGUAUAGAUGUUGAACAUUAUUUAAACAGAAUAUACACAUUAAAGAAAGAACAGUUUUUAGCAGCAAUUGGGGGAGUACCAAGCUCAUUAAAAGAUUAUCUUUCCUCAGACUUACAUGUAUUCAAAGAAUUCAAUAUUAAACCAAUUUUCAUAAUAUCAGGCUUGAAUUUUCAGUCACAAGUCAAAACUUACAGAGCAAAAGAAUUGACCUCAAGCGAACAAACUUUAGAAAAUACUUGGAACAAAAUUUCUAAUCAACAAAAACAAAAUCCCCAUUAUCAUCAUCAUUUCCACGCUUUUGAAAAUUAUAGAUCAUUACAUGAAAGCAUACCGCUAGAACCAUUAAUCAAUGACUUAAUUAAAUUAUUUAUUGAAUUAGAAAUCGAUUAUUUAGUAACUCCAUAUGAUACAUCAUUUCAAUUAUCCUACUUAUAUCAAGCAAAAAUUAUAGAUGCAAUAUAUGGUUCCACUGAUUUAUUACUUACAAAGAUUGAUAAAUUUAUAUUGGGGAUGGAAUUCCAAUCAAAAGAUUUUAGAUAUGUUGAUAAACAUAAAGUUUUACAAGAAUUAAGAAUUAAUGAAAGACAAUUCCAAGAUUUAAGUUUAAUGGUAGGAUGUAAUAUACAACCUAAUACUUUUUCCAUAUUCCCAAAACCAUUACCAAAUUAUCCUCCUAUCAAUAUUUUCAAGUACGGGUUGGAUCUGAUUUAUCAAUACGCUCAAAUGAGUGGUAAUCAUCAAGACUUGUAUGGUUAUAUACUAAAUUUAAAUGAUCCAAAAUUAAUUGACUGGUAUUUAAAAGGUCAAUCAAUAAUCAAAUUUGCGCCAAUAAUUACAAAAGAAGGUUAUGUUGAACUAUAUAAUGUUGAGAUGACCAAAUUAGGUUUAGAUAAAAAUGUAGAUUUUCUCAGUGAUGAUGAAGAAAAUCCAACUGAUGAAUCUGGUAACAACACUCCAGCAAGACCUUUAGUUAAAAUCCCAAAUAAUUUACAUGAAAUAAUAUCUCAGAGAUUACCACCCGAACUAUAUUAUUAUGAAUCCUUAGGAUUAUUACCUUUGCAAUUAUUGAGUUCUAUUGCAAGAGGUAGAUUGGAUUUAAGACCACCACCAGAACUAGGAAGAUGUGAAAAUUAUAAAAAAUUAAUCAAUUCAAAAUUUUAUAAUAAUUUAUUGGAUCAACAAUACAAUCUCAUUACACAAUUAUUGGCAAGAUAUUAUCAGGUCAAGAAAAUUAAUGUCCAUUUUUGGUUUACUGAUAAUGUAUUGGAAUUGAAUAAUAGGAUGAACCCGCCAAUUGCUAGAAAAGUUGAAAACUUAUUUAUGAAGUCAUCAGAUAAAGUAUUCAAUAUAAAGAAUUUAUUUGCCAAUAAAUUGGUUGGAAAUUAUAAACUUGAAAAUGAUACAGAUACAAUAGAAACUCAAGUAGAUGUUAUUUCUUCAGCAUUUAUAAGGACUUUGUACUUGUACGGAAUCAUAGAUGAGAAACAACAAUUAUCAUCAAUUGGUAAAAUAUUGCAAGAGUUCUCAAGUAAGAAUAGUGAUGUUAGUGACGAAGAUUUCGAACAUCUUGUACUUAUACUAUUAUUAUUAAAAGAAUCUUACCAUUUAACUGAUUUAAAUCAAGAUUAUUUUUCAGUUGAUAGACCAUAUAAAGAUUUAAUGAAUGAACCAAAUCAUGAAUUAAACGAAACUGAAAACAAAUACAUAUCAUUAAUUUCAAGAAUUUUAAGUUUAAAAAAAUUUAAUGCAACACCAAUAAAUUAUCAGGGACCAAUUUCAAGAAACUUGUUAAAUUUCAGAAGUUCAAUUGAAUUUGUGAAUAAAAACUUAGCACAGACCAUUGAAGUAUUGAUGACUGAUUUAGUAGUACGUCAAGAAAAAAACAAUGUAAAAUUAAAUUAUAAUAAAGAUGAUUGGUAUAAAUUAAUAAAUCAAAUUCCAUUUUUCAGAACUAUGAAUAAUACAAUAAUGGGAAUAAUAAGUGAAAUUUACUUUGAAAUUGUUUUGAAAAAAUUGAAAAAUGGUUCAUUACCAAAACCGGAAGCUAUACAUUUUGCAAAAGAUCAUUUAAUUAAUAAUGUAUUCCAAGUUCAUUCAAGUACUCAUAACAUCAAUGUACAUGGUAUAAAUGCUAUCACAGCUGAUCAAAUAGUGAAAGAUUUUGAUUCUGCUAUAAGUUGGUGGGGUUUGUUUGCAAAAUUCAUGAAAGAAGUUAAUAAAAAUGAUACUAAACUAUGUUCUAAUACUUUAUUAAAAGAAGUUGAAGAUGCUGAUAAAUUUCUCAAGGACUUAACUUAG